GCCGCAGGGGCCGGGGCACCGGCGGCCCCGCAGGGCUUCGGCGCGGGGCCGCCCGCUGGCGGCGGCCUGCCCGCCCCGGGCGCCAGGCCCACGCCGCCGCCGCGGCUGGCCGAGGGCAUCCCGGACCCCGAGUCCAUCGAGCAGCAGAAGGCCACCUAC